AAAUAUGGUAAUGAGUAAAACACAUGGUAUAUAAAAUUUGUUAUAUAAAUAAAAUGAUUGACAGCUUUGAAGACCUUGAACUAAUAUUGGAAAUUGGUCACGUUACAGUUUUAUCCAAUGAAAAGUAAGCUCGCGCAAGUCACUUUUGCGCCUCGUGUAUAAUCUGCGUGUUUCAUUUAGAAAGCCCGCCGCAGAAAGAGAAAAAAAAUGGCAGAAAUUCCCGAUUUAUUGGAUUUUGAAGAAAGCGAACUCAUAAUAAUGGCAGCUGAAAUGGAAGACGAUGUUCAUUUAUCACAAAUUGCAGCCGAAAUAGAGGAAGAUAUUCAAUUAUCUCAAGUCGCGACCAAAAUCGAAGAUGAGAUCAAGUUGGCAGUCUGUUCUCAAGAGAUUGAGGCCGACUAUUUUGACGAUCUGGCUAUUUCUCAGGCAGCCAGCAAAUAUAUUGGAUGUCAAUUUGACAAUUUCACAAGCAAUGAAAGUAUACGAUGUUGAGGGCGAAGAAAAUUUUGACUUGGGAACAUUUGAACUUGGUUAUUUGGCCCGGGAACCAAAUACCAGCGGAGUCGAAAACCCCAUGAACCCAGGGAUUAAUCGUUUCUCUACAUGUGUUUCUGCUGACGAGAUCGAUAAACUAAUAAUUUCGCAAACCAACCCGAAUUCACGAAAGAACACAAAGUGGGCUAUAAAAGUGUUUAAUGAAUGGCGGGCAGCUAGAAGACAAAACGGUGUUGAAAUAACAGAUUUGUUAACAAUGGAUGUUUAUACGCUUGAUUAUUGGCUACAGAGAUUUGUUUUGGAGGCUCGAAAAAAAAACACGGGAGACGAAUAUCCCCCGAAGUCGUUGUAUUACAUCGUCUGUGGUUUAAUGAGACAUUGCAAGGACAACAAAUUAUUUCAUGUUAACUUCUUUGAUGAAAAAGACGGCACAUUUGCACAAUUUCGCAAAGUGCUUGAUGCAAGAAUGAAAUAUUUGCUGGCGAAAGGACUGGGGACUAAACAAAAAAAGGCCGACGCAAUAUUGGAGGAAGAUGAGGAAAUGUUGUGGUCAUCUGGCGUUUUUGGACAAUCAAAUUCAACAACACUUCAGUAUACUGUUUUUUAUUAUGCCUGUAAAAUGUUUGGCUUGAGGGGUAGGGAUGAACAUAGGAAUUUGCUAUGUUCUCAGUUUGAACUUGGAGAAGACGGAAAGGCGAAAUACAUUAGAUUUAUUUGCCGUAACAACAAAACUUUCAACGGUGGUCUGGCUCAUAUGAAAGUUAGCAACAAGGAUAUAAAACAUUAUUCUAAUGACGGACUUAGGUGUAUGUACAACAUUUUUGAGACAUAUCUCAACAUGCUUGGUAAUGAUGGAUGCUUUUAUCGAAAACCUUUGGCUUUGGUCGGAAACACAAUCCGGUAUGGAAAGCAGCCGCUUGGUGUAAAUAAACUAGAAGAGUUAAUGAAAGAGAUGUGUCAAAAAGCGGGCUUAACUGGAAAUUACACAAAUCAUUCUGGGAAGAGGACGUGCGCAACAGCAUUGUACAAAGCAGGAUUAGAUGAACAAACAAUAAUGGAUCGUACUGGACACAGGUCGUCAGCUGUAAGGGCAUACAAAUCAAAAACUGAUGAAAUAGAGCAAAUAGUGUCUUCUGUGUUUAAUCCACCAAGUAUUGAUACAGUUCAUGUUACCCUUAAUGAAUUGGAAGUUAAGGAGCCAGCUUUCAAGUGUACAAAACUGGAACCAGUCAAAACUGAAAAUUCCGCAAAUUGUCGUGACAUUUCAACACGCCUAUAAUGUUUGAAUGAUAUUACUAACACAAGUGGAACUGUAAAUUUUAACAAUUUCAAUUUUUCUUCUACUUAAACAUUUGUUAAAAGAAAGUUAAUUUGAAUUUUCCGAAUGGAAUAGUUUUUUAUUAUUAUUUUUUUUCAAAACUGAAAGAAGGAACUUUUCGAAUCUUUUUUCAACUUACGGGAGCUAGUGAAAAACAAUUUUUGUUUUGAGUUUAAAACAUGUUUCUUGCGAUGUGUUGUGUUACAAAAGACUUAUUGCUUUGUGUUACAAAUGAAACAAAUAAAUGUUCAUGACCUUUCACUUUUUUUUCUGUUUCCAAAAUAUUUCAGAGGCGGAUAUCUUUCAAAAAAUGGGAUGUAGCUUCAGCCAUGGAAUAACAUGAAAAUGGGUAUGUUGUACCAUAGCUUAGCUCCGCCUUUAUUCCUUUGGAUUCUAGUUGAGCUGCAUAUUUAAUUAGCAAAUAUGGUACAACAUAAAUUUGCAUAUAUUAUACCAUGGUUUUCCUUCGACACACUUUUUAAGCAAAUUAUUUCAUUAAAACAUCAAAAGAAAACAUCCAAUUUAUGUUACAAUAAAAUUUACUUCGUCGUACGUAAGUUGUUUAUGAAUAUUCAUGACAUGUGACCAUUUAUCCGCACUUAAAACCCGUGCGGUCACCUUUCUGACCAUCGACUCUCGCUAUAGCCUAAAGUAGACACGUGUAUUCACGGUUGAUUUAAUGUGAAUUUGUAAUUGGAAUUAUGAUAUUAUUGUUAUCAUGUUUGUAUGUGAUACAUACAAUGUUGUAUCAUAUAGAAUUAAACGUUAUAGCGAGUAGCACACCUAC